AUGCCUGCGAUCGGAACUUCUUUGGUUGGGGCUUGCAGACGGGUGCCCUUGUCUCUGCGGAUCGGCGGCCGCGGCUGGACACGCGGUUCGACAUCCGCAGGUGCGGGCUGGCACUCCGAGGGCCACGGCUGGGACCGGGACCGACUUUCGGGUCGCCGGCUGGUCUACUUCGGAGAGCGUCACGAAGAGCCUGCAGUAUGUGCCGCACAGCUUGAAGCCUUGCAAAAGUGGCUGGAGGCGAACCCAGCAACUCCGACUGCUUUGGUGCUGGAGCACUUCACCGCCCAACAACAGCACAUUCUGGAUCGAUGGGGGCAGGACGAUCCGCGUGAGCUUGUGGCUGAGUAUGAAGCCCAGAAUGGUGAAUUUGACAUCGGGCUCUACGAGCCUCUACUUACAGCUGCUGCACAAGCAAAGAUGCGGCUUGUUGCGGGCUUUCCAAGUCGAGCUGAAGCCAGAGAGGCAGUCCGAGGAUCCGUGGAUGUGACUGAAAUGGAAGAACUACACACGCUCAUGGGCCCAGGCGCUCUUGAAGAUCAUUUUCGGUUCUUUGCUGCCAUGAUCGCUGGGGCGCCAGUUUCCGAGCAUGAGACUGGGGAAGUCCCUACGCGAGGGCGACAGAUCUUCCCCGCCCAAUGCUGGAAGGACUUCGUUUGUGCGAAAGUCAUCCUUGGCCUCUUGGGAAGCCAUCACACUAUGGUGCUGUGCGGUUACGGACACAGCGACUUUGGGCUCGGGAUACCGAGCCGCGUAGAGGCACUGGCGAAGCGCCAGCUGCCCCAUGUGCUUCCUCUUCAGCAGCUAAUUGUUACGGCCAGGGCACGAGACGAGGAGGUGGUGGCCAAAUUCCGCGGACAAAGCUUAGCUGACAUUGUCAUCCGCUACGAUGAGUGA